GAUCACACAUGCACGGCAUGAAUUUGGAAAAAGGUUGCAUUUUUAUCUAUUAUAUUAAAUCUAAAAAGGCAUCUUAAAAUUUCUGUGUCUUGGUACGCUGAGGUCAGCUUUGGUAAGAGUGGAUUUCGCGUGACUGAGUCGGUCAUAUCAGUGACGGACUUCAGUGAGAGUGGGUGUGGAAGCUCGCUUAAAGCGACCACGUGAACAUACUGUGUGCACAUUCUAAGAUUAAGCGAGUGCGUCAAUCGCAAGUGUAACUCGUUAAUUAUUGACAUCAUAUGUAGCUAAAUUCUGAGUUGUUUUCUAUGAAAACUGACAAUAUGGUGAGUAACGAAAUCAAAAACAUGAUCAUACGCGCUAUACAAGUGCUGCGCAGUCGACGCGUUCGCCCCAACCUGAAGAAAAUCGCAUGGCUUAUACAACGCCAGCACAGUUACUCAGAGAAGACUCUCCUCGGCUUUAUAGAAGCUCUCGUUGAGAGCAAAGAUAUCCUGCGCGUGCACUUCAAAGGAGCUAUUUCAUAUCGCGUUCCUCCCAACACGAAAGACGCUGGAGAAGAUGAGCGUCCGACUACAACGCUUAGUCGCGAUGCUUCCUCAGACAGUUCAGAGAGCGACCCCGAGAUAGUGGACGUGACUGGCGAACCAAUGCACAAUAUACACAAAGCAUCACCGUCGUCAGAUUUUAGUGUACGCACAUCACAGUCUAAAGGAUCUUCAUCUUCAAGAGGAAGAAGCACCGGGUACUCGGUCAAUCAAAGAUCUUCAAGCGAUGCCGGCAUGAGAGCAGCCGUCGGCAGCGCUCCCAGACCUCGCAUGCACGCCGGCCCCUCAAUCCGAGGCGAAGGCGCCUCAUCGCUGGAGAACUUCGACGCCUCCAGCUCGAAGUCGUGCGCGCGCAUGAAUGAUACAACAGACUCUCCCACAUGUUCUGGUGGCACGAUAGAGGAUACCAUCAGUCGGGUUAUACAAGGUGGCGGUGGAGACGGAGGAGUCUGUAAUGGAGCAACUCAAAGAAGUGGAAGCUCUACUCCUGCUGGAGGUGGUUCAGAAGAGGGUGAUAGUAACGAAGCUCUGGAGUUUGAGACACCUUGUGCCCCACCUAGAGCACCCCCACUUCGUGGAGCACGGAGGGGUAGACCUCCUUUGUCUUCGCUGGGUCUAAAUCACGCACAGACUAGAAGACCCCGGCAGUUGUCUUCGAGACCUAAGAGGGCGAAGAGGGUUUACGACCCAAGUGAAGGAGGCAUCAUUGAACUUCCCAACAACCACUCUCCCUCGAGCCAGUACCAGUACAAUGGAGGUACCACGUACCCCUAUAAUGCCUCGUCAGCAAGUACCAGACUUCCCACUACUGGUGGUAGUGGCAGCAGUUACUACUGUAGCAGUAAGCGGAGAUCUGCCGCUGCCAGUAAUUCAAGUGCAGAUUAUUCAUGCAAAGGGGAAAGCCUUUGCGACAUCUGCCAAGGGGAUGCUGGCUCAACGGACGAGUUCCUUCUGCGCUGCUCCUCUUGUCCUGCAACUGGUCACCCCUCAUGCCUGGGCUACAGCGCAGUGCUGGCAGAGCGCAGCAGGAAGCAGCCGUGGACCUGCAUGGACUGCAAGCACUGCACCGUGUGCAACAUGGACCACCUCAUAGUGAGUGUGCAACAUGGACCACCUCAUAGUUACAGAUCAUCCCAGUACAACUCCACCCCUGGGGGAGGGUUCCCCCUCACCCCUCGGGACUCCCCAAUACCUGGGGACGACGAGAGCCGGUCGAGCGGAGGCAGUGGGUUUGAUCCCUCAAUCCCCAAUGCAACCCACUGGAGUGUGGAGGAGGUAGUAACCCACUUCGCGGGGAAGGGUUUCGAGGAGGAAGCUCAGACUCUAAAAGAACAAGCCAUCGAUGGGUGCGCCGUGCUGCUCUUGUCACGCGCUGACGUCAUCUCCAGCCUCGGCCUCAAGCUUGGCCCUGCACUCAAACUCUACCGCCACGUCCGCGUGUUGCAGACACGCAUACCUAACCCUGUAAUGCCCACCUAACCCCGUAAUGCCCACCUAACCCCGUAAUGCCCACCUAACCCCGUAAUGCCCACCUAACCCCGUAAUGCCCACCUAACCCCGUAAUGCCAACCUAACCCCCACAAUGCACACCUAACACCGUAAUGCCAACCUAACACCGUAAUGCCAACCUAACCCCGUAAUGCCAACUUAACCCCCACAAUGUACACCUAACCCUGUAAUGCCCACCUAACCCCACAAUGCCCACAACAGCUUAACCCAUAAAGUCCCCGAAUAUCUCUCCCACAUAACUAACCUCCCUCUCCCUAUCUAACCCCAUAUCUAUCUGACGACCACUGAAGCUGAGCAUCGCUCCACUCCACGCCCUCGGGCAACCUGCCUCAUCAACAACGACGCGCUUGCUUCCACCUUCAACCAAACUUUUAGAGGCUUGGUUGAAUAUACCAUCGAUGCUGCGUUUGGAGGGAUGCAUAUUCCGUCACACAGCUUUUGGAUCCUCCUCAAAAGAACCAAGAAUCCUCUUUUUUUAAUUUUUUGGUAUCCUUCUCAAGACCAAGCCAUGCUACAAGGAUAGUCUUCACGUGGCUUCAGUGGCCUCAUUUGUGUUGUUAAUUACGAGUUAACUUAAGAGGGUACACGACUCGCUUGCAGUGUCAAGUCGCCAUAACUAAGACAGAUUAAACUGAAGAACAUCUAGUCGAAAGCUGCAUUGUUUGCUAUUUAUUGUUUUCAAAUACUAUCAAAAGGUCAAGCUUGUGUUGUAUUCGGAAAAUGCAUUAUUGGUUUUAAUUACCUGCUUUAUUCAUGCAGGAAUUUCCCUGUCCCCUGUAUUGAAUUUUCUAUAAUUACAUUCAAAUGUUUUUAGACUUCAUGUACAGAUUUAGUUUUGUCUUAAAAGGUUUAUUUGAAAAUGUCAAUCGUUAGCAGCUUUUCAUAAUCAGCAGGAGAGGGAAAAGUUCUUCUGUUAUGUUGUUAAUUGAACAGAAAUAUCGCCAAUUGUAAAUAGUUUGAUGUGUCAUCUGAUCUCACUCAUUAUGUUUAAACUGCAUUGAUGUCUCGUGAAUGGUGAGUGGCAUGUCUCGUGAGUGGUGAGUGACAUGUCUCGUGAGUGGUGAGUGGCAUGUCUCAUGAGUGGUGAGUGUCAUGUCUCGUGAAUGAUGAGUGUCUUGUCUCGUAAGUGGUGAGUGUCAUGUCUCGUGAGUGGUGAGUGUCAUGUCUCGUGAGUGGUGAGUGACAUGUCUCGUGAGUGGUGAGUGUAUAUAUUGUGUAUUGUAUUAUAACUAUCUCGAGGUAAUUACCGUUGAGAAUAAUCAUGUAUAAUUCCAUCAUAUAGUUAACGAUGUAUUAUAAUCAGCUAGCAUUGAUCGGCCAAUUAGACCCAAUGAUCGUAAUUAUGUAGAAUUAUUGUAAUUUGUUGCCUAAUUUUCGGCCUUUUAAUUAAAUCUAUGAAGCCACUUUAUAGAAGCUGCUGUCCAGGGGACGACCCUUGCUGUGCAGGGGACCAGUUUAAUUAUCAAGUGUACAUAUCAAUUUCCAUCGCUUAUUGGCUAUUGCCGCUUAAUGACCGCUGAGGAACGAAGGUUGUUGCCUCUUCAGCCGUGGCUGCUACAGCUGCUGCUGCCUGAACUGUUGUUGGUACGCUAGUACCAGCUGCUGUUGUACUCUGUACAAUUAUCACGUACUUCAUCGUACGUUUAUAUAUUAAGUAUCAAGAGAAAUGUUUUGUGUGUACGUACAACUCCUCUGUAAUUACCUGCCUUUAAUUAUUCAGUUAAAUAAAAGGAUAAUUGA